UGCCUAAGACAACUUAGUACUGCUUGUAUAUUUGCUGGUUUAAAAUUUUUUAUAAAAUUUAAUUUAAAAAAAUGGAAAAAAAUAUCUAAAUUUCAUAGUGCAAAAUAUGCUAAAGUUCAAACUAACCAAUUAGCGUUUUCCAAGAUCACAACUUUGAGUAAAUUAAAGGGAUAGCUUUUUCACUCGAAAAAAUGAGUCGCACCGCAGAACUAGGACUACCAAUACCUAGGAAGCUUAUGGCUGUCAAGGAGGAAUUUAAUCAGAUACUUGAGCGAAGAAAGUUGCAGAACUUGGACCAGUACCUUGAGAAAAGCCUCAAUACGAUUUACAGUAAAAUGCUUGCACAAAAGAAUAAAACCACUCCGUCACAAACCCACAUAAGGAAACCAAAGGUUAGACCUGAUGACUUUCAGAAAUGGCUACUGAACAUUUCAAAACCGAAGAAAGUAUUUGAACCGGAAAUAAUGGAACGAGUCAAGGGGAAAGUAGAUAUCAACCGCAUUAUUCGAUUGUCUCAGCCUAGACAUCAGCCUUGCCCAGAUACCGAUCCGAAUAUUAUUGCUGAAAGCGCUCUGAAAUACGUUGCCACGGAUAGAAUUCUAAAUUUAGCUCAACCAAGACCAGAAAAACAAGACGAUGUCGUCUAUGAAAUACCGCGCAUAGCAUUUCCCACAAAUCACGAAUACGCUUCUAUCAAAUCUCUUGGUACUGAAGAGCUAGCACGCCCACGCCAACAAAGGGAAAAAUUUCGUAAAGUUGCUGUAGACGUACGAUGUGCAUAUGACCCUGUGAGUAAGGGAGCAUUACAGUACACAGCUACUGUGAAAAUUCGAAAGCUAGCAAAGGCAAAGGCGGACUUUUCUGAUGGACAAGAUAUGACAGAUGUAUUCAAAGUUAAGAAGAAAGCUCUUAAGAAACCGUCGAAGAAACAGGAGAACGUUUUCACGAAAAUGUCAACCCCAAUCGAGUGGAAAGUUACACCAAAGUUUGAAACUUCUUAAAAUACAGACAAAUCUCAGAUAAAAUUUAGUUUCAUUUA